GUUGUGUUAUUUUCAAACAUUACUUGUACAACUGAAAGUUUGUUAGCAUACAAAGAUUUCACUGUUUUCAAUUGUUUUAUUGCUUUUUGAUUGUUUCAUAAUUUGUGAUUUAUAAUGUCUAAUGAAAAUAUCGACCCGAAAUUAUUUCCAACUUCUAAAAAGCGAAAACGGAUAUCUUUUUCAAAAAAUUUGAUGCUACAAGAAUUGCUAAGUGAUGCUCUACGAGGAUUUUUGAGGAAAAAAUUAAUGAUGAUGAAAAUUGUUCAUUGGUUUCGAUGGCAAUUGAUGAAUCUGACUCAAUUUUCAACAAAACAGUUUAUGACACCAAUGAGAUGGAAUUAUCUCUUUUGUCUCCAACGGCAUCUCCAACUCCAUUGCAACUCUUACAACAAUCUUCCCCACCAUCAUCUCAAUCGCGCUAUGAAAACUCGACACCUCAAUCAAUGCUUUGUAAUCAAAACACUACGCUUUUUAAUGAAUUGCCUGCUUCUCAGGAAUCACUUAAGUCACCGUCAAAGCCUUUGAAGCAACAAUCGCCCAUUAAAAGUCCAGUGUCAUCUCCAUUGAUUCCAACAUUGUCAUUGUCAGUCCCAAUAGCAUCUCCACUGGUUCCAGCUUUGUCAUUAUCAGUCCCACUAGCAUCUCCAUCAUUUUCAUUGCCACCAUCAUCAAUUCCUCCAUCUCCAUCAUUUAAUCAAACAAUUACUCGUCAUGAUAUUGGCGAUGCUCUCCAUGAUUCAGUUUUAGCUUUUAUUGAUGAAAAGUCUGAUGACCAAUUAACUGGUGAAUGCUCCAUGUCUCAAUCAGUAACUCAAAACCAACAAGAAAUAACUUUCAAUGCUAAAACAACACAUCAGACACCAGAACCUGAAGAGCAACAAAUUCCUCCACAAUCUAAACAGUUAGCAUCUAACUCAUCAUUUUCUCAAGCUCAGUUGGCUCCAUCAUCGUCAUUUUCAACGCAUCAUUUGUCUGCUUCGUUUUCUCCAUUACUUUCUCCUUCGGUUGUACAAAAAAAUAACGAUGCAUCACCACAAUUGCAA